GAAAAAAAAAAUUAAUCAUAGGUUAUGCUUUUUCUUAUUAUUAUUUUAAACAUUUUAUAUUAUCCACUUACCAUAUCUAUUUAUGAAUCUUCUUUAAUUAAAACGUAUUGUAGGGAUAGUGAUAGGUUAAUUGUUACCAACAAAUUGGAUAAAUAUUUAUUAAUCGAUGUUGAACUAAAUACAACUCUAUUACUGAAUUGUCAUUUUUGUGGAGAAUCUAAUUAUCAUCAACCAAGACUUUGGUAUUUUCAAGAUCGUUUUCAAGAAACUAAUGAACGUGAAGUAGAAUUUGAUAUGAAUAAUAAUAAUUUAGAGAAUAAAAUUUACUUAAAUCCAGAUUUUGAUUUGAUCAUUAAAGACUUUGAUAUCAAAGAUGCAGGAAUUUAUAAAUGUCAUGGAAAAUUAGGAGAAGAUUCUGAGAAGAGAUAUAAUUAUCGACUAGAACCUGUUUUUCAAGACAAUGAUGCUGAAUCUAUACCAAAAGGUAAUCUAUCUGAUUUGAAGGGUUAUAUGGAAAUUAAUUUGAUUCCGGUCACUGAAAGAUUUGCUGUAUCAAGAAUGCCAGAUUUAGCUUUAGUAAGAGAGGCUGGUGUAACUUUAGAAGUAAUCUCAGAAUUGAGUGCUUGGAGUCCUUGCGAAAAAUGUAUUAAUAAACAUGGAUUAAAAACAAGUAAAGCUCAAUGUCGACUGAAAGCUACUAUAAAUGAAGAUGCAUUUGAUACAAAUAAAAUUGUAAAAUUUUUCGACAAUUCUCCAUUACUUCCAUGUCGAUCUCAUAUUUUGAAUGACUAUUUUCCUGUUAUUAGCAAAAUUAUUAGACACCUUCCUGAAUUUCUCAUUGAAAAAAAAUGCAAAAGCUGUAAAAAACAAAAAAAACCAUCAAAAAAGGACAAAUUUAAAUAUAAAAAGAGAUUUAUAUUACUUGAAGGAGCUCAUUUAGCAAUAACUUGCCCAGAGUCUGAUUUAAAUUCAAUAAUUAUAUGGAAACGGAAUGAAAAAAUACUAAAAACAUCAUUUACAUCAUUAUUUAGAAAAAAGAAAGAUAUUCAAGAAUCCCGGAUAUUAGUUGAUGCAUUUUCUACAUUAUAUCUUAAUGAAGUAACUAUCGAAGAAGAAGGAAAUUAUACGUGUUACGUUAAUGACAUUAAAAUGAUGCAAGUGAAAAUUAGAGUAGUCUCAAAGAGUCGUUUAUUUAAUGCAGGUGUACUCAGAAGAUGCGUUAGCUGCAGGUCAAGAGGAGAAUUGGGGUCAUGUAAAGAUCCUUUCACAAUGAAUUCAACUCAAAUUGACAGUGAGCAUGGAGUCGAAGCACGUGUUUGUGGGUCAGGAUGGUGCAGUAAAAUAAUUGAGUCUCCAAAUUUAAAUAAUGAAUACGGAGAAGCAACUGAAAGAAAGUGUCUUCAAAGAGGACCAGAUGAUGAUGAAGAAAGAUGUGCAUACACAAUGAUAAAUAAUUUAAAGGUAUACAUGUGUUUUUGUAAAGGCGAUUUAUGCAAUCAUACAGAUUCUUUGGUUGCUUCUAGCUUUCUUAUUUUAAUUGCAAACUUGUUAGCGAUACGUCAUUAAUGAACAAUAAAAUCUGUCACCUGUGUGUACAUUAUUGUC